UUAUAAGAAGAUGUUUCUUCCCUUCACUUUCCUUCAUCAACUUCUUCUGCAAAAACCAGCUUAAAAAUGGCUGCAAUUUGCUCCAGAAUUUUCCUCUUCUACAAUCUCAUCUACACAAUCUUCCUCUCUUUCAUUCCAAAAAAACUCAGACAUUACCUCCCUUCUUCAUACAAUCCACACCAACAACAACAACAACAACAGAUCCACGACCUCACCACCACCACCACUCCAUUACUUCCACCUCCAUCAACACCGCGUUCUUCUCGCAUGGAUUCCGACCAGCUCCACCGCAUCUUCCAGAUGUUCGACAAAAACGGAGAUUCCCGAAUCACCAAACAGGAGCUCAACGAGUCCUUAGAGAACAUGGGGAUAUUCAUCCCGGACUCAGAUCUAGUUAAAAUGAUCGAAAACAUCGAUGAAAACAACGACGGAUGUGUUGAUAUCGACGAGUUUGGUGCUCUGUACAAAUCGAUCAUGGACGACAGGGAAAACGAGGAGGAUGUGAUGGAAGCCUUCAAUGUGUUCGAUCAAAAUCGAGAUGGGUUUAUCACUGUGGAAGAAUUGAGAUCGGUGUUGGAGUCGCUAGGGCUGAAGCAAGGGCGGCAGGCGGAUGAUUGCAGGCGGAUGAUCAUGAAGGUGGAUGUUGAUGGUGAUGGGAUGGUUAGUUUUACUGAAUUUAAAGAGAUGAUGAGAUCAGGUGGGUUUUCCGCCAUGGCUCAAAAUUGAAAGCUUGAAUUACACACCGAUUAUGAUCUGAUUAAUCAAAUCAUUCAUUCCAAUUAUGUUCAUUUGUUUGUUAAUUUCGUUUUUUAUGAUCUGGGGAUGAUUUUAGGACUUUAAAGAGUCUUUUUUUUAUAAUGAUCUUUAUUUGGGGGUUUUAUGUUCUUGACCUCGAACCCAAGAUACAAUCCCAACAUGAAUUUCUGGAAGGAUGUAUAUAGUUCGAUCAUCAUUGAUUCUUUAAUUUUAUUGGAGAAAUUACAUUUUAAGUUGUUUA